AAGCUGUCCCCUGCAGGCAUCGGCAUCGGCAUCCUCCUCCCCUCUGCUUUCCCCACUUUCCCCUACCUCGGUCGCUCCACCCUCGGCUGCGCGGCCGGCCGGAACCCCCGCGCGCUCCUCGGCCCUGCCUUCUCCACGGCCGAGAUCUUCCACUUGUUCUCAUGGACGAUAAGCGUGAAAAGGGGAAAGACAAGGAUGGCUCUGCUUCCACUCCACCCAAUCGCCGCAAGGCCGGGCUUAAAUUUUCGCCCAAGGUGCCUACUAAGAAAACCCCAAACAUUGUCCCUAAGAUGGAACCGGAAGAGGAGAGCGAGCUUGACGCAAUUGAUAAGGAUCUGUUGAGGAAACUUAGAACACCACAGAGUAAAGGUGCCCUCGAAAGAAGAUUCAAGGCUGAGAAAAAUGAAGCCUGUGUUCAGGUUACAUUUGGACAAGUGAACUCUUCAACUGCAAGAUCCUUCCCCGCCCCUAAAAGUUCUUCAUCAGUUAAACAAGAGCAGGAGGUAAACCUUUUUAGCAAGUAUAUGAUGUCUGACGUUACGACUUCUGCUGCAAAGUUACCCAAACAGUUCACUGGACCUCAGGACUUUACCCAUCCCAACUACAACUAUCCUCCUAUUACUCUGCCUCUAAGGAGGCCCAACUCUGCAGAUCCAGAAUUUUUUGAUGAAGACGUGUUCGGAGAGUUCUCUUCCAGCAGAACACAAGAUGGUGAAUUAACUGCAGCUCAGGAGCUUGGGCUAAUGGACACUGAGGACAAGAUGAAUACACCACAGUUGCUCUUCUUCCAGUUCCCUGCAUCUCUUCCUUUACUGCAGGUUGUAUCAGUUGCUGUAGCAGAUAUGGACACCAGUGACAGUGAGGGUGUUGAAACAGAAGAACCCAAUAAGAAGAGGAGACUCGAGUCGAUCGACGGCUGUAAGCUAAAAGAUUUGCCAGGCGGUUUCAUGGGGAAGCUGCUCGUGUACAAGAGUGGUAAAGUGAAGAUGAGGCUUGGAGAUGCACUCUUUGAUGUUUCAGCUGGUUUGGACUGCACAUUUGCUCAGGAGGCUGUAGCGAUCAACACAAACAAGAAGCACUGCUGCAGCCUGGGGGAGGUGAACAAGCGUGCGAUCGUUACCCCUGAUAUCGACUACUUGGUAGAUUCCAUCAAGAGGAUUGGAUAGCCUGUGGGGAACUACUGACAAGUAAAGAAAUUAACGGUCGCAAGUGUCACCACUCACUACUGUUACUUGUGUUUCACGCUGAGGAUUGUGGAGAUGUAAAUUUGCAUUAGGAGAAUCGUGGCAAUUGAUAUGAUGACGUGGAUGUGGUAGUAACAGCUAGUGGAGAUGUUUCGACAAUCCUUUAAUUUUUCACGGUACAGCGGGUGGGUUUUCUCUGUCACUUUGGUCAAGAGUUCACUGGUGAUUACCAGUCUUUUUCAUUGAUGGGGGCCUUGUGGAACUCA